AUGGUAGAUUUACGGCUUGACAAUCACGUUGCCAUCAUCACGGGUGCUGGCAGCGGCUUGGGCAAGGGACAUGCUCUCUAUCUUGCUUCGAGAGGUGCUAGCGUUCUCGUUAACGAUAUCUCCAGAAAAGACGCCGAUGAGGUGGUCGGACAGAUAGUCAGUGCUGGAGGAAGAUCCGCCGCCAACUACGACAGCGUGCUCAACGGCGAUGCCAUCGUUCAGGAUGCCAUUCAAAAACUUGGAAGGCUGGACAUCUUGGUCAACAGUGCAAGUAUCUUUCGAGACGCGAGCUUCGAAAACAUGACAGACAAGGACUGGGACGACAUUGACGCCGUUCUUUCGAAAGGAAGUUCCCCCUUCAGUCCCCGCAAAUACAAUGCCGCCUGGAAGAUAUUCCGCAAACAGAAAUACGGAAGGAUCAUAAUGACAUCCUCUACAGCAGGGCUUUUUGGCAACUCUGGGCAAUGCAACUACUCGGCGGCCACGUUGGGCGCUGUUGGAUUGACACAGACGUUGGCCAGGGAAGGCCUCAAGUACAACAUCCUUGUGAACGCCAUCGCACCUGUCACUGCGGCGGACAUGACGGCUACAACCACUUCCGCCGAGCUGCUACAAUACCUGAGACCUGAACAUGUUUCUCCUCUGGUUGGGCUGCUCGUUCAUCCCAUCAACAGGGAAUCCGGCUCGGUCUUUGAAGUCUUCGCUGGCCAUAUUUCCAAGUUUCGAUGGGAGCGAUCACCAGGUGCUGUACUGAAAUGCGACGAGACCUUCACGCCCGGCGCGAUAUUGAAGCGUUGGGCAGGCAUCAAUGACUUUUCGAAGCCUGAUCAUCCCACCAAAACAGCUGACAUGGUGGCCAACCUUGAAGCCACGCAAAAACAAGAUAGAAACGAUCCAGGGGAGGACGUUAGAUAUGAUGGCAAAGUUGCAGUCAUCACUGGUGGCGGUGCUGGUCUCGGACGUGCCUACUGUAUCGAAUUCGCAAAACGAGGUGCUGCUGUUGUAGUCAACGACCUUGUGAACCCACACUCUGUGGUGGAAGAAAUCCGUGCCUUUGGAGGGAGGGCGGUCGGAAACAGUUCUUCGGUUGAGGAUGGGGCUUCAGUCAUCAAAACAGCCAUCGACAACUUUGGUCGAGUCGAUAUUCUGGUCAACAAUGCCGGAAUACUGCGAGACAAGGCUUUUAUCAAUAUGACGGAGAAACAAUGGGAUGACAUUUUCAACGUCCAUCUGCGUGGCACCUACGUCUGCACGAAAGCGGCCUAUCCUUAUAUGAUGAAACAGAAAUACGGACGAAUUGUCAACACAUCCAGCACCAGUGGGGUAUACGGAAACUACGGCCAGGCCAACUAUGCGACAGCGAAAAUGGCUAUACUGGGAUUUUCGCGAGCUCUCGCUGAAGAGGGAGAUAAAUACAACAUCUACGUCAACACCAUCGGUCCCUCGGCUGGAACGCAGCUUACUCGCACCGUCCUGAGCGAAGAACUCGUCCACGCACGCAAACCCGAGUUUGUGGCACCGUUGGUUCUAGCGUUAUGUUCCGACAAGGUGCCUGACCGACCAACCGGAGGCCUCUAUGAAGUGGGCUGUGGCUGGCAAGGUCGUACGCGAUGGCAGCGUUCUGGGGGAUACACGUUCGACCUCGACAUAUUUACUCCGGAAAACAUUCGAGAUCAUUGGGACAAGAUCACCAACUUCGCAGACAAACGCGCCGAUAGCCCCCGAAACCCUCGGCGAUGA